AUGAUCUCGCUCAAACUCCUCAAUUUGUUGGCAGUCGGAGGCGUUGCCGUCUUCGUCUGCUCUCUCGCACCCACUGCGAACGGUCUCUCCGGUGUUGCCACCCACCAGGGUGCGAACCGCCUCGCGGCGCACCAGGGGAUCUCGAAGAGGGCGAACAAGAACAAGCGUUCCCUCACCAAGCGCUGCAAGAACCGCGACAACAGCACCAGCUCUGACGUUGCCGCUUCUACCACCUGGUCGUCUUCUUGGGUUGCGCCGACGUCCACGGAUGUCGUUAGCAGCGAUUGGAGUUCUAGCGAUUGGAGUUCCUCCAGCGAUUGGACUCCUACCGCGUCCGACACGCCGGCCUGGACCCCGACCAGCUCGUCCCCCCCGGCUGCUAGCCCCACGAGUGGAACCAGCUGGGGCAGCAAGGUUGGCGUAGCUUGGACUGGCAGCGACACCAACGAGCUCGCCACCGUCAAGACCGCUCAGACCAACUACCUUUACAACUGGAGCCCCUGGACGCCCGAGAAUGCGAUCUCACUCGGUUACCACUACUGGCCUAUGCUCCAUGACGCAAACCAGGUCUCCGACUUCCAGUCUCAAGUCUCGACGCCAGCAUAUUCUGGCCAGAACAUCCUUGGCUUCAACGAACCUGAGCAAUCUGGCCAAGCGAACAUAGAUGCUGGUACCGCCGCGUCCUUGUGGCAACAGUAUAUCCAGCCGAAGGCGGAUGUGGGCUUUGGGCUGAUUUCCCCUGCGGUCACCAACGACGACCAGGGUAUCCCUUGGAUGCAGUCCUUCAUUUCGUCGUGCAACGGAUGCUACUUCUCCGCAGGAUGUGCGGUUCACGUUUACACCACGAGCGCGGACGAUUUCAAGAGCUACCUUAACAAAUACCACGACACUCUCGGUAGCAGCUGCAACGCCAUCCACGUUACUGAGUUCGCCUGCCAGAACUUUGGCGGUGGCGACCAACCGGACACGGGCGCGAUCUGGAGCUUCUACAGCGAUGUCAUCCAGUGGAUGGACUCGACCGAUUGGAUCCAGUCCUACUUUGCUUUCGGUAUCCUUGACAACAUGGACAACGUCAACCAGGAGGAUGCUCUCAUCUCUGGUGGCUCGCCGACCUCUCUCGGUUACACUUACAUCAACAACAGCUGGCAGUGA